GUAAUCAGAUCCGAACCCAUUAACACCUCCUACACCGUUAAGCAUUCCUAAACCCCCGCUUCUCCCCCAUCCUUUCUCCGCCGCCGCAUCCACCACCCUCCGCCGCCGCCGCCGCCGCCGCCGCCGCCGGAGACGGCGGAGGCAACUAAGCAUUUGUAAUGGUUUAAAAACCCCUCCCCUUUUUUUUCUCUAUAUUAAUGCCUCAUAGUUGGUAAACCAUGAUAAAUGAAGGAAAAAAUUUAAAAGAGACCCUUUUUUUUGGUGUCCUUUUGGAUUUUCUGAUCGUAUAUGAAGAAUAAACUGUAAUUUAUAGUUUUUUUUCCCUUUUUGGGUGUAAAGAUUAGGCCUUUUUUAAGAUUACACCCAAAAAUUUGUGCAUUUGGGAGAAAAAAAAAAUUACAGGGUUUCAUGGUCGAAGUAGGGGAUUGAGAGGAACCCUAAUCCUAAUUUUGACCACUUCUAUGGUCUUUGCUGGUACUUCGAUCUCUCUCUCUGUCUCUCUUCUCAUUUUUCUUUUUAUUCCUGUGUUGCUUCACAUUGCUAUUAAUGAAUAAUGACCUCUUACUAUAGUAUCAUAAGCCCACUAAUUUUAUCCUGCUUUUUCUAUGAUAAAUUGCCAAAGAAUUAAAGUGUUUAAUUCCUUAAUUUGCCGUAAUCGCUAUGUAUUCUUGCGCUAUUCUGCGGCUUCUGCUUCUGGUAGAAGCAGUUGGGACCCGACUGUCUCGCUGCGGCUCGAACACCCUGCACUUUUUCUUCUAGAAAAGUGUAACAACACCGAACAUUUUAAGCAGAUUUUGGCCCAAAUUAUGCGAUAUCGUCUUAUCAAUUCAACAUUCCCGAUGAGUAGGCUCCUAUAUUUCGCCGCCGUUUCUCACCCCGAGCUUCUGCAAGAAGCACUUAUCCUGUUUAAGCACUUUAUUCCCCACCCCAACCUCUACAUUUACAACCUUAUGAUAUCGGCCUUUUCCUUCUCAUCAAGCCAAGCGAUCGGCUUCUACAAGCUGAUGCUGCUUUCGGAAAGCGCUUUUCCUGAUGAGCACACUCUUCUAGCACUGCUCAAGUCUCCAAAGCGCUUAUCGACAGGAAAGCAGAUUCACGCUCACGUUGUUAUCAACGGCUUCGAUUCGCAUGUCUAUAUACAAAACUCUCUCAUCAAGAUGUACUUUGAGGUAGGAGAAAUAUCUCUCGCUCGAAUGGUGUUUCGGUAUAUGUCAAAACACGAUGUCGUCUCCUACAACAUAAUGCUUUCUGGGUAUGCCAGAAGACGGCUUAUCUCGGAAGCAAUCGAACUGUUUCGUGAGAUGGCUUCUUCAGGAACCGAACCGGAUCAGUACACCAUGGUGGCUCUUCUCAUGUGUACCGGAAAUCUUAAAUGUCUACUUAUUGGAAAAGCUGUUCACAGCUUUAUUAUACGCCGGAUGUCUCUUGGUGGCUGGGGCUUGAUUGUGAGUAAUGCAAUUUUAGAUAUGUAUGCAAAGUGUGAGGAGAUGAAUAUAGCAAGGAAAUUAUUUUAUGGUUUUUACGAGAAAGAUGAUGUUUCAUGGAACACAAUUAUCUCCGGCUUUGCUAAUAUCGGAGAAUUGGAACUCGCGAGCAAAUUUUUCAGCGAAGCCCCUCGCAGAGACCUUAUUUCGUGGAACUCCCUUCUUGCUGGUUACGCACGAAAAAAGGAUCUCACAACAAUUAUGAGACUGUUCGAUGAUUUACUCGCUCAAAAUAUCAAACCUAAUAAGGUUACUUUUAUUGCUUUGGUAGGCACUGCAACCGAAACAGGUGUCUUAAACCAAGGGAGAACUAUACAUGGUUGGGUGGUGAAGGCAUAUGGACUUGAGGAUGCUAUUUUGGGGUCGGCAUUAAUCGAUAUGUACUCCAAAUGUGGGAAGAUCGAAUGCUCCCACAUAGUUUUUGAAAAGGUCGCAGACAAGGAUAUUACAGUUUGGACGGCUAUGAUAGCAGGGCUCGCAUUUCACGGCCAUGGAUUGAAAUCAAUCGAACUCUUUCGGGAAAUGGAGAAACAAGGAUUGGUCCCUAAUAGUGUCACUUUGAUUGCAGCUCUUACCGCUUGUACUCAUUCUGGACUUGUUGAUACUGGUAAUAGAAUUUUUGAGAAUAUGAGGGAGAUCUACAAAUUUGAGCCUGGAGUGGAGCACUAUGGGUGCAUGGUUGAUCUCCUCUCCCGAUCGGGGAGGCUUUUUGAGGCAGUAGAUUUGAUUAAGAAAAUGCCGAUGAAACCAACUCGGUCCGUAUGGGGUUCCAUUUUAAGCGCUUCUAAAGCUUAUCAAAACACAGACCUUGCAGAAGCCGCUUCAAAAGCACUUCUUGAGCUUGAACCUGACGAAGAAGUUGGCUACAUUUUGCUUUCUAAUGUUUACGCUUCUUGUGAGCAGUGGAGUGACUGCGAUAAGAUUAGAGAAAUAAUGGAAAGGAAAGGAGUUAAGAAGGCGGCGGGUUGUAGUAGUGUGGUUGUUGAUGGUGUUGUUCAUGAGUUUAUUUCCUCGGAUAAGAGGCAUCAUAAGUGGGGUGAAAUUAGUUGUGUUUUAUGUGAUCUACACAGGUUAAUGAAGGUUGAUGCAGAGGUUGGAUUCGACAUUUUUCGUCAGUUUUCAGCGCCAGACUCGGAUUGAGGUAGCAGGAGAGGGAUAUUAAUUUCCCACCCACCCACCCACCCUACUAAGGGGAGAAAUCAUCACAUGGACUUGGUCUACCAAACCCAGCCAUAGACUCUUAUGUCUCUCUUUCUCUCUCUUUGUAAAUCUCUCCUUUAUCUUAUCUCUAUUUUGUGUACUAUUUCAGUAAGAUAGAGCCAUUCAGACACAACACUCUGUAGAUAUUUUGCAAAAUUAGUUGCAAAUAUAGCAUUUUCUUUUCAUUUA